AAAAAAAAGCGGGCGGCGCUCUUCGCACCGCGACCUCCCGCGCUGCCGCCGACCAAUCGGCGAUCUCUCGGCUUCUUGACGUCACGAUGUGAUCGAUGCGCAACAUCUGGGCCUAUAUAACGGCGGUACCGAUUCCGGUGCCGGGACGGUCGGACUUUCUCUGCCGCCUCAAAAACUUCGAAAUCGACGCGGACUCGGACCCCCGGGCUUUGCUCGUUCCCAAACGACUCGCUGUAUACACAAGAUAGAGAACGCACGCGCGCUUGUCGUGUCGUGUCGUAUCGUAUCGGCACACGCCUCGUUUCUUUCGUUUUCGGCGCGCUUUCGAUGCUGCUGAGUUGGCGACGACAGCAGGUGACGUACGAUCUUUAAACACUAUUCCUUUAUUUUCUGUUUCGUCCUCAAACGAAAGCGAGCCUAAGGAAGAGGUGAGGAUCAACUCUCUUCCGGCUGGUCUUCCGCUUAAGUUUCCGAGCUUGUCCUUCCGGUGAGGAGUGAGAAGGACUGCUUUCUUUGUGAGGAAACUGUUCGCGGUCAUCGCGGGCGUCUUUCUUGCGGUUCCUCUUCCGUACAAGACUUUUCUCACGAGCGACUGGGUGACGUCAGAGUGACAACAUGCGCCACCCCUGCGCAUUUGUCGUUGCCUUCGGCGUGGCACUGAUGCUUUUGCUCGCGCCCACUCUGGCACUGUCGUCGGCGUCUUCGCGCCCGUCGGAAAGCGAGGGAGGCACGUCGUGGGCAGACGAAGAGCUCGAGUACGCGUCCGGCGGCGGCCUGAUGGAGACUUCGGGAGGCGACGAAGAUGGCGGUGCGGACCUGGGCGGUGCCGGCCCGCAGCAGCCGGGACGACUGUCGGCGGACAAGCGCAACCUGGCGGCCCUGGCUCGCAGCGGACGGCUGCCCCGGUUCCACUACAACAAAAAGCUCGGCCCGGCCGCCUCGCCCCUGCAGCCAUCGCGGAUGUACAUGGCUGGACGGAGGCUGCUGCCCGCCGUCGGAGGAGCCGCCAUGCCUCCCAUGCUGCGUCAGCAGCACGGAGGAGGCCACGGCUGGCGAUCCGAUGCCUCCAUGUCGGCGGGCGACCAGGCGCUUCAGGGCGACGCGGCCGAGAAGAUGGGCGUCGUCGAGGCGCUGGGCCGCCUGUCCGAGGCCGCCAUCUUCCCCUACAUCGGGCCGCAUAGGUGGAUAAAGCCGUGGUUCCCGUACUUGCCGUCUGUGCGUGUGCGAAGAGACGUCUCUAGCGGCCAAGGGCGGCGGUGGCAGCAGCAGCAGCAGCAGCACGAAGAAACUCCACGCGAAGAGCAGCAGCGUCUCGGAGCACAGCCGACGGGGCGAGCCAAGCGCAACGUCGCUGCCCUGGCACGCAACGGCUGGCUGCCUCCGAGCGCAGCGGCGGCGCCAUCACAGGCGCGAGGAACCAGGGCCGAGUUUUUGCGUCGCUUUUCGGGCUCUCAGGCCCACGAGGCCAGCGCGGACGAGGAUGAAGGGUUUAUGCCGGAGGACGAGACCUCCGAGAUACCCGAGUGCGCCGACGAUGACGACGAGGAUGCGGACGAUAUCUUACUGGUGCCAUCAUUGGAGGAGGUCAAACGAAACUUGGGACACCUGGCUAGAACGGGCAGGCUUCCCCCUUUCAACUACCGUCGUACCUUCAUGAAUUCUGACGUGUCCGAGGCGACGUCUCCGUGGCCCCAGGCCAGGCCUAAGCGCCUUGCGAAGCGCUGCCGGCCCCGUGGCGAGGACAAGCGCAACGUCGCCGCCAUGGCGCGCAAGGGGGCGCUGCCGCGCUCAUGAGCGGCGUCCGACAACAGCGCCCCCUCUGCCUGCGCCACCUCUGCCGCCACGUGUGUCUCUCUACUGUCUUCCCAGAGGUCAUCUAUGCGCGUCCCGAGGGGACACCGCGAAAAAAUCUCGCUGGAACGCGCAGUCUGGCACAAGCCACGACAUCCGCAGGGGACCCUGUCAGUUUCGGUGUUGUCAUCUCCCCAAAAUGUUGUCCCUCUAAACGUACUCUGGAUACCGUAUACGCCUCUCUGUAGUCCGGCUGUUGUUCGUCGUCCUACCCUGCUUUGAUUGUUGGCGCAUUAUCCUAUUUCCAAGACGCAGGGACGCAGUACUAUUGUUCUCAGUGCAAGCUUUGUGCGGUGGCUCUAAAACAUGCUCGCACUCUAAAUGGGUAGUAUACCAGAUUUCGUAGCUUUUUUGUUGCUUUUUGUUUUUUCAGCCAGGUCUUGGUAAAGGUAUGGAUCUGAACGAAUGACUUCAGAGUUUUGAUUUGGUAAUUUAUCUGCUUUUUCGGUUGAGUAUUUUUGCAGUGUUGAAUAUUUAAAAACAUCUGCUUUUAAUAAUGUUAAAACGCAAGCCGAUAUAAAAAGCAAUUUGCGAUGACAUUACAAUCGAAACGUUGCGCUGUGUUAUUUCAAAUAUUGGUCCAGUGCAUCCAUCUGUUUAUGUUAAGCGUUCAUUCCUUUCGCCUAGCCUACUCCACGUUAUCUAUUCUCAGCUCUUUUUCGCACGCCUCUUUUUGUUUUACUGGUGUUCUUUUGCUCCUCGUAGCUGUGUCAUGGGAAUUAUCGUUUAUUAUUUUUUUUUUCUGUUUCGAAGUGAGAAACCGAAACGCGUUGUUCCGCAAAAGUGAGACACUUUAUAACUACGCUCAUUCAACUACCUUACUCUACAAAGUUGCAUGCCGUGAGCAUGCAAGCAGAAGUACAGUUAUGACCGCCUUGUGCUCGGCGUGUUAGUAUUCUAACAUCGAUACAGAUGAGUCGGUUUUGGGACAGCACAUUCUACUUCAUAAUUGUUAUUUUUUACGAAGCUUUUUGACUUAAAGGAGUACUGGCACGAUUUUGAGACAUCGCAAAAGGGACAUUUUUCGUUUCCUUGGUAUGCAGUGUCAACGUUCUCCACACACCGGAGUCGGAGAACACGUAUAAAAUAUUUUCAUUUGACUUUGAAGUUUUCGUCACUGAGCAUCUGCAAGCCAGCCUCACUGCAAUGGACAUUAUCCCGACGAGUCAACGCAGUUCCCCCGACUUGGCGAGAUCUGCGUCCUGCAUGCAGCCUAAAUCGCCGAAAUCACUGUCAGUGUCACUGGGCGACAAUUCACUCAUCUUUGUUUAUGUGCACCACGAUCAGAUGACAGAUUUGCCGAUAGUACGUCGCGAGUUUCUGUAUCCGCGUGACGUCACACUGCUAUGAAACGUCACUGAGAAGCCGGCCCCUUGAUAUCGAAACCGAAAGUGUCUUUUUAAGUUAGCGGUAUUUAAAAUAUAUACGAUGCAUUUCCAGGCACCGCAAUACUCGUCUUAGGUUUCUCGACGCAAGUACUUUUACUUAGAGCAACAAUCCGAAAAAAAAAAAAUUUAAUUCGUGUCGGUACUCCUUUAAAUAACAGCUUAAUUAUGAUUUAAAAAGUUUUUUUGCAGCUUUGAAGAAGACAAGAGCGCUUGUCGAAACGUCAACUCCAUCGACACCCUGUGUUCAAGAAUUUUUUUAUCUUUUAAAGCUUCUAUCUUCGCCUGAACUUCUAGCUUAAUUAUCAGAUACUCUUAUGUUAUCAGUGGUCACAGUGAUGGUGGGCCCUGUAGAUAAGAGAGUUGAGAAAUGUCCUAAUGAUAUCCAGUACCGAUAGUUUAAUGGCUAUGGCGUCGCGCUGUUUGCCUCGAGGUUACGGUUUCAAUUACUGUCGCGGCUUCCACGUCUCGACGAGGAAGAAGAAAAAAACGCAGAAACACACGCGUACUUAGAUUCGGGUGCACAUAAAAUAACCGCAAGGUAGUCAAAAUUACUCUGGAGUCUUCCCUACAGGGAAGUCUUCACAAUCAGUUCAUUGUUUUGUCACGUAAAACCCAAAACUUCAGUAAACUUCUUCCGCCUAGUGAACGUGCGUACUCGGGUACAAGCGAUUUGAUUGGACUUGACCAUUUUUACUGUUCUUUUUUUUUUUUGUUCUAUUGCUUAAUACUGUUCUAUUGCUUAAUAACGGUUCCUUACAGAAAUGAGACUGAUAUACUGUCUUGUCCACACACCACUUCUUUACGCUAAGACUUUUAUUCAAGUUUUAACGUUCUCCGUAGUUUAGAUAGCAAAGCCCAGGCAUUCUAGAAAUAUCACGCAUUCUUUAGAUCAUCAAGCCUUCGCCAAUGCAGGGAGGAGCCAGUGUGCUCUUAUUCUGCUUGUCUUCAUUAUUCAAAAGGCUGGCUUUUGUCUUGACAUCUGUCUUUCCGCUGGCUUUUUUUUUUUUCAACUCUUCCAAGCAUAUUAUUAGCAAACAACGGUACUAUGUGAGUGUUUGGAGCUGCAGCGCCAUGGGGUUAAGAGCGGAACUUUACUAUGGAAAGUAGAUCCGAGCUCGUGGACAGACCUUUUUCAGGGCAUUGUUCUCGGUGCGUGAGGGCCCCUCGAAAAAAAGGAACGCCACCUGAAUACGUAGACGAAUGCUCCGCGCUGUGUUCGUGGUAAUAAAGGAAGCUUUAAGUUCUUAAUGAACACCGGGAAAUGAAAGAAAAAAUAUUAUUGUCUCAUGCUGAGUACGGUGUGGUGAGAGUAAGUUCUUUCUUUUGAAUAGGCUCUAAUGGUGUUAAAUGAUUAAAAGAUCCGGUUGUCCUUUUGUUGAGUUCGUUUUUUUGCUAAAGUAAUAUAAACGCAAAAAUCAGUACGCGUCUGCUUGAUAUACCAUGUCGACUAAUGCCAAGCUCGGUUCUUGGGAUUGAAAGUUAUACUAACUGAAAUUUGUUAAAGAAUAUCCUCUGUAUUUUAGUGGAAUAUACCAUAGAUUAACAGUAACGAUUGGGCUGUAGUUUGCUCACACGCCAAGCGCAAGAAAAGACUAACGAGUCCAAAACAGCGGGUAAAGUUUCUUGUCUCUCCUCUCUGCUUCGUCCCGUCGACCGUAAUUUAUCAUGCCUAAGUUAGUGAUAGGAUAGACGUUCAGAGCGUAGACUUUCAUUUUAUUUCACUGCAUUUAAGUUUAUCGAAGUCAAAUUUUGCAUUUGACUAUCUGCGAGCGUCGAAAAACUUCUCUGUUUCGCAGUGUUUGAAUCUUCAUCAGCUAAUGUACAAUUCGGCAUGUUUUAGCGCCACCGCACGAAGCUUUGGCCUCAGAAAAUGUUACGAAGUUACACAGUUACACGCAGUUACAUCAAGUUACACGCAAGCUGGGAUGAGAACAUUUGUUGUUGAUAACAUAUCGCCUAAUCAUGUUGCCGCCCUCCCCAUAGUUGUUGUUUUCUUCCCGCUAGGCAUAUAUACCUACGUCAGCACUUCCGCAUCCCUAGUCUAAGUACAGUGUAUGUGUACUGGGGGUCUGUGUACUCUAACGCACGCUGCAUCUUCAAUGUGUUAUCUGUUACGAGGUGCGAUGUAAGUACGUGCUUCGUUUAGUGCAAGGCAACGUGUUUUGUUUCUUAUAUUGUUUGAAUGGCCGUAUUAAGGCCUUCGGAGCAGAUAAAAGAACAAUUGCUGACGGCAAUGCUUUCAACGCCUGCCGUGGUAGUCAAGCGGAUACAGUGUUGCGCUGCGAAGCUCGAGGGCGCGUGUUCGAAUCCCGCCUACGGCGGCAACACUUAGAUUGGGGCAAAAUGCUAAAAACACACGUGUUCUUAGAUUUAGAUGGGCGUGGUCAAAAUUAAUCCGAUGUCUCCCGUUAAUGUGUGCCUCAUUAUCAUAUCAUCGUUCUGGCGCGUAAAAUUCGGGAAUUUAAGAUGUCCUGGUCUUCAACGCAAAAUAUCUAAAAGAGAAUCUAAAGUAAGGACUUGUUACUGCGCUGAUGUCUGUGUUUCUCUUUCUAAUUUUUUCUUGGGUUGAAAACGCGAGUCUCGGCCAUAGUAGGCCGAGGAAAACCUUCUAUACGUGUCUUUCAAUUAGCAUCUUUCAAUUAAGGUCUUUCAAUUAGCGUCUUCCACUUAAAGAAACCAUUGCCGCUCCACAACGCUUUGGGUAUGAAUGCGAUGUACUGCGCGGAAACAACUUAACUGCUCCGAUUUGAUUGGUUUCGCCUUGAUGUAGACGAGCAGUCUUCGCCAUCAACUGAAACGUUGCUCUUACUGUUCUUUUAAGUGCACCAGUUGAAAAACCAACCUCAAA